AUGACUUUUCAUCGACCAGCAAUCAUCAUCGUCACCGGUCACAGGACUUUGGGCAUUCGUCAUCAACACGGACGGCCAAUGGCAGGAUUCGGCGCGGCAAUCCUAUCGAACAUCUACCAGGGUUUUGCCCUCCGUAUGGAGCCUAGCACGCUGCGCAUAAGGCAAAAGCUGCCACCGUCUUCGCGCCCCGCCCGCACAAAGCAACAUCCGCCUUCCUUCCCCACUUCCCCUCCUAUCAUGGGUUUUGCACGCUCUGCUACUGCCUCCAACGUCUCCAAGGAGCGAGUAGACAGCUCCUACGGUGAAGAUCAUCUCCCGACUCCAGCCAUCCCCGGUGGUCCAGCCAUCGAAUGCCCCCCCGCCAUCCGACCCACCAAUGCAAUGGCGCUGAGUUUGGAAUGCCGACCAAUGAUAUCCUCCCUCGCUUUGCAAUCUGCAGGCCGUCCCACACUCGGGGGGUCGUCCGCCUCCAGCGGGAGCACACACUCGAGUUUUCUCAAUUCAGGCCUGCCGUCUGCUGAACGCACCUACCCCAUCUUGGCGCUCCUCGAACUCUUACGAUUUAGGCGACAAUUGGACGUCAUGAAAGAUCUGGACGUCCUCGCCGAUGACACUUCACUUGCUCAGGUCCUUCGCUAUCAGAGGGCCGUGUCAGAGGGUGGCGACGUUGGGCUCAGGAUCUCGCACUACUCUUCUUCAUCAAGUAGCAUCUCUAGUGGAAAGAGUGGAAAGAGUUCAAAGAGUUCAAAGGGGCGAAGCAAAGCCACAGGGUCUCCCAAACAGAGUUCAUACAAUAAAGAACUUCGUCUGCACGCUCUGCUGCAUGGGAACACACUUGUCCUCCUCUCCGAUCUCUAUGAAGCAUUGGGGCAUCUCGAGGACAUACCCGAGACUAUGGACAGUCGCUUGCGGGCCGCAGUUGAGGACCUAACCCACAAUCCUCUCCUCGGGUCAAUCGAUCACAAGCGCGCCGUCCAAUAUAACGCGGGGAGCCUCAACUAUCUGGUCCUAUUCACCGCAAGGGCGUCCGAUGCCAAAUAUGAGCAGCAGCCAUUUAUCCCAAUUUCACAUUCCGCACGGGAAUUCCCCGGGGCAAAGAUCGAUUACCAUGUCAUUCCAGAUGGGGUAACUCUGCCUUUGGAACAUGAGCUGUUGGUUCAUUGCUGUUUUGAUGGACCAGAUGAGAGGCAAUUUGCCGUCGAUGAAAUGACAUUCAACCGCAUCGACAGGCUGAUGGAGAUCAAAGAAGGUUCAAAAGUCAAGGAGUCCAAGAACCUUGGCGUGCGCAAAGUCGAUACGGAUCUCGGGAAGGCAGCGGAUCUUGUUGAGCCGUUCCUACGUCAGCUGAAAGCAGAAAUGAUGGCAAAGAAGAGCCCGAUGGUUAUGCUGCAGCAAUUGGACAAUGGAGAGAUCUUGAUAGUCGAAGAUAAAGAACCGCUUGUAGCACUCGCUGAUGCUCUCAAGGACUAUGCACGGUUUUGA